CCUGUUAUGUCCUUAAUACAACAAUCUGAUCAACACAUUACAAGCACUUAGGAAAUAAGUUGAAAGGUAGAUUCUACGGUACUCUUAAGGUACCAUACAUUUGUCCACAUGGACCAAUAGGAAUGAUGCAGUUGAAUUAAUUAAAUCUAAAUUAAAAGGAAUAUAAUGAUUUGGACUAAUCAAAUGCAUGAUAGGUACGGUACCCCAAUUUUUAAAAGGGUACAGGAGUUAGUCACCAAAUUGAAAUCUUGCACAAUCAACCAGCCACCAUGGAUUCAGUCAUUCAGGGGCUAUGGCCGACUCUACAAGCUCUUCAUCUUCUACCUCGUCGCCGUCGUCUUGCUGCAUCCGGAAACAGCAACCAGUUCUGCUUUGCCAGAAGAAAUCCCAUCAAAGAAAAACUUUGUUUCUCGUGUGAUCAGUUCCAGCUCGGUCGAUCUUGCUCGCCCUUCUCGAUUCCCAUUACACUGACCUCUCUGAGCUCGUCGAGAAGGCCCUCCCGCUUUAAACUCUCGAACAUGCUGUUUCCCUUCACAACAUCACAAUUUUCGGGCCGGCAAAUGAAGCCUUGGAGCGAGAUUUGGACCCGAAGUUCAAACGUUUCCUAACUUGAAAUUGCUUGCAAAUUGCAGUACCUUUCUUAACUUCAAUGGAUUUCCUAUGCUUAUCGAAUGCACGCAGUUGACAAAAUAGAAGGAUGGAGAAGAGAAGCCCACUGCAAUGGUUUUUAGUCUUCCUCAAAUCUGAGCUUUUUAGCUGUUGCGGGUUGAUUCAGUAGGAAACGUUAUGAAUGGCGAGGGCUGUUCGUUGACGUCGUUGGGGGCUUUUGUGAAGGUUUAUCACACCUGUGUCAUUAAAACAGAAGAUCUCUUCGAAGUCCUCCCUACGAAGAAGAAGAUCUAUUUCCGAAGGCUGUGGGCUGCGGAUUAUAAUACGAAGGUUGUGGCCUAUUAUGGGC